AUUUAAGUCAUGACAAAUACAGAUGCCUGGAGACUCAAAAGUACUGAUGAAAAUGAAGACCUUUAAUGUGCUGUGGGUCUGGAUCUUUCUGUCAGAAUUUGGGGCAUCAGAUGGAAAGAUAUAUGGAUACAGUGGAAAAAACAUCAUAAUUUCUUGUUCUUAUUAUUGGGCUUCAACCAACAUUAAGUAUUUCUGCAGAGAUCCAUGUGGAUACAGAGAUAUUUUAGUUAAAUCUGACCGGUCACCAAAAGCAAGAUACACAAUAAAAGAUUCUAGGACAGGAACCUUCACCGUGACCAUCACUGAUCUACAGGGAUCAGACUCUGGGAUUUACUGGUGUGGCGUGGAGAGAUUUGGAAAAGACACAUAUCAGAAAGUCAACCUGAAAGUAUUUAAAGAUCAAAGUGAAAGCGUCACGACAUCCACAGAACCACACAAACUCAUACAAACUUUCACAGAUUUACACACAACUACCCCAUCAGCACGUUCAGAAACUCUGUCUACCACAGCAAGCCCUGAUGCAGCAUCCUUGAACAUUACAGUGUACAUACUAUGUGCUGUCGGUGGUUCUGUCACAGCAGUGAUCAUAUUUGUUGUUGGAUUGGUCGCUGUUCAUCUGUACAGGAAAAAAGUCAAGACAUCAGCAAGCAAUGUGAUGCCUGUCAACAAGCAUAAUGAAAGCAGAGAUGAACAGGAAGACUGUGUGUACGACAAUGAACAUCCUAACACAGACAAGAGCACUCAGAUGAAACCUCUCAACAAAACUGAAGUCCCAAAGAGCCAAAGAUAUUCAAUCUAUGAGAAUGUACACUUCAACAUGGAAAUCUCUGAUCCUAGGCUGUGA